AUGCAACACAGGAUCAAAAUCCCCUACGAAAGAUCAGGGCUAUACUUGACCCCUCGCCCUGAUGAGAUGUAUCACACUUUUAAGCGCAAUCGAGUUUCCGAAACUGGGAUGAAGCUGAGGACGAAUCAGACUUUGACCCACUUACAACGGAAGUUACGUUUAGCCACGCCUCAUUUGGCGAUUUUUUCCCAUGAUGAAAAGGAAGGCCCAGUCUCAGGCGGAGAAAACACCUUGCCAGUUGGAGUUGAUAUCAGAAAUGCGAGGGUUCCGGUUUUCUGUGCAUGUUUAGAUAUCAUGUCUUGCGAGCCAAACAGCCCUAAAGAACCGGUUGCAUUGGAGUUAAGGUCAUAUGUGGCCUCUGUUUGGCUGGAAUUGCUCCGAAAGAUUGAUAUUACUAAAACGAGCGAAGAGGAUAAGGAAGCUAUUGCCCACGGCCUGAUGUCUGUGUUGACAAAAAGCCCAGGCCUUGCGGAUGUAAAUUGA